UCCCUUCCCCUUCGUAACUUACGUCGACGACUGAUGUGCAUUUCCCAUCCGCCUAGACGCACGAGAGUAGUGUCACUGGGUAGGCGUUUUCUAGCCUGGAAAGUGUUGUUUUGUUUGCUCGCCGCGCACCCAGUGCACUCUAACUCCGAGAACCGGAGCCGAAAAUGUCCUUUCACUCGGUUUUGGAAGGAACAAACUCUUUAACGAUGAAUGAAGGGGAUCGGUUGGAUACCACCAUCUAUGCGUGUCCGGCUUAUGAGCUCAGUAAAGCGGUGUCGGUGUCUUUGGGUUUGGAUUCGGUGUCUUCUCCGCCCAAUAAUAUGAACCAGAGCUCCAGCAGCGCCUUCGCAGCAGAAUGCGACUCCACUGUGGGGGAUACUUCUCGGGGAGUGCCAGAGUUGAGAAGGACUGGAAAUAUGAACUCCGACAGCAGCGUGCUUGUCCUGGGUGACAGCAGCCUUAGAGAGGACGACUUUGGAGAAGUGUGCCAGGGCAUACAGCAGGUGAGCUGUAUGGAUCUGUUCGGAUCGGGCGAAAUGGACGGUGCGCAAACUGUGACGCGUGGCUCGGUGAUAUCCAGAUACGUCUGCAGGGAGUCAAAUGUGUUUAUGAACCCCACGCUGGAGCUGCCCGCGACCCCUCAGGUGGCCGAGGUCGUACCCUUAAAACCACCUUCGUCUUACUAUGCCAGUUCAGACCUAUAUAGGGAUUUCCCACCGCAAAUGUGGUGCGCAAAUGAGCGCGCAUACAUCGAGCGAUCCCAGCCUCAGCCACAGCAACAGCCACAGAGGGGAGAAUCAGGGGAACAUAAUUAUUUGUGCAAAUACUGUAAUUGUGGGCAAGCUCCUCGCGGAAACAGGCAGGAAUGCCGCUGUAUCUGGUACGGUAGAGGUGAGAAGGGUGGCAAAGGUGGCAUGCGAGCGACGGCACAAGGAUAUGGCCAAAUGGAAAGUUACCCAAGUGCGAUUCCUCAGGGGCAAAGCACUUUCUCCACUAUCAAGAGCGAGCCUUCGGUGUGGAUGAAUUGCACAGAUCGCAGUUUAAGGUAAAGAUCAGAUUCGAAUGAUUUGUUUUGUGAGUGCUGUAAUGAUGGAAGCCUAGGCAUUGUUGAACUCGCACUCCUCAUCCCCCAGCACUCUUGUGUGCCUCCAGGUAAGCAGAACCACUUGUGUGCCAGCCGAAACGACUGCACCAUCGACAAACUGAGGCGGAAGAACUGCGCGUCGUGUCGCUUAAAGAGAUGCUUCAUGUCGGGAAUGAGCCUUAAAGGUCGCAGGCUGAAGGGAACCGGGCAGGCGAGUAAUGGAGAAGAGGAGCAACAGCCAGCUAGCUGGGGACACGGAGAAAAAGAAGAGAGGGCAGCGAAGAAAGAUGCAGUCUUGGAGUCCAGAAAUGCAGCUGUCAGGGCUCAAGGUGCUUCCCAGGCCCUGGUUGCGGCCAUCCCCCCACCCCUGCACUCCUGCCUGUCGCUGCUCAGCAUCCUACAGGCUAUUGAGCCAGCACUGGUCAAUGCCGGGCAUGAUCCUGCCCAGCCAGACAGCCCCGUGUCCUUGCUCACCAGCCUGAACGAGCUGGGAGAACGGCAGCUGGUAACCGUGGUCCACUGGGCCAAGGCAAUACCAGGGUUUCGGGACCUGUAUGUGGAUGACCAGAUGUCACUGAUUCAGCUGUCAUGGAUGGGGGUGAUGGUGUUUGCCUUAGGCUGGAGAUCCUACACGCUGACUAACAGCUCUAUGCUGUACUUUGCUCCAGACCUGGUUUUCAAUGACCAGCGGAUGCAAGUGUCCAGCAUGUAUGAACACUGUGUGAGGAUGAAGCUACUAUCCCAAAGGCUGUGCAUGCUCAAGGUUACCCAGGAGGAGUUCCUCUGCAUGAAGGCCCUGGUCCUCCUCAGCAUCAUGCCAGUGCAGGGCCUGAAAAGCCAGAGUUGUUUUGACAAACUGCGGACCUCCUACAUCAAGGAGCUAGACCGUUUGGCCAGCCACCACGGAGAGACCACCCGCACGCAGAGACUGUUUCAGCUCACGCAGCUGCUGGACUACCUCCAGUCGGUUGUGAGGAAAUUACACCAGUUCACCUACGAUCUGUUCAUCCAAGCUCAGUCCAUGCAAAUGCACGUCAGCUUCCCAGAGAUGAUCUCGGAGAUUGUGAGCGUCCACGUGCCCAAAAUCCUCUCUGGGAUGGUCAAGCCCAUCCUUUUCCACAACGCGGCCUAGUGAGUGAGAGUCUCCAAGACUGUCUUUUCAUCAGCCACACCGACCGGAAAGAGUUCUCAAUGAUUUUUACACUUCUGUCCUGAGAGUAGGGUGCAGUCAAGGUGUAGGCAGAUGUUAACAGAAGGGCAGACAGCACAUUCUUCCAGUCUAAUGUAGUUUGAUUUCAUCUUCUCACUUCUUCUUCUUAUUGCCUGUUUGAAUGUAUCCCGCACAUACACAAAUGCUUUUCGGGGGCUGAUUAAAAUACUUGCAUGCAUUUCUGUCCACAUACUAAUGGUGAACCUCAUGGCAUGUGAACUUCUUCGGCUCUUCAUGUGGAUAAUCACAAACUCUUCUGGGGCGUGCGGUGCAGGGGGCCAAGUUUGAAGGCAGCACAUCCCGGUAGCUUGUCUGUGUGCAUUAGCAUGACAUUUUGAACUAGCUAUUUUUCACAAUGAAUGUUACUGUGUGCACCUGAGAUGAAAAAAGGAAAAAAAUUAAUAAAUCAGUGACUGACAGUUAAUAAGCGGUUGUGACGUUCAUGCUUGGAAGCAAAGCUAUCUGGCCCGGAGGCAUAUAAAAACAUUUUUUGACAGCUGUCAUCAUCUAUUAAAAAAAUAUCGGACUAUUACUAGAUUUCUGUUUUGUCAAAAUGAAAGCACUUUCAAGGUGCGACUGGAGCGUCACCAAUUUCAAAUGUAUAUUUAUCCAUUUUUGAUGCCAAAAAGGUCACAGCAGUCACAGUGAAGGACGUAAUUGGACAAAAUGACUCCAUUAGUCGAGAAACACCACGGGUGACUUUUUUUUUUUUUUUUUAUCAGGAAAAAAAAAAGGUUUUUCAGUGCCAAAUAUUAUUAAAGUAAAGUUUUUCCACAGUGGACGUUUCAUACUGUUGUAACUUUUCUACAGUUUCCUAAAGUGUUCUUUGCAAAUGUUUUGUUGUGUAUUACCAUGUAAUCCUCGUAGCUUAUGACAGUUUUUGCUAAAGGUCCAGCCAAGAACCCGCUCUAUUGUUGCAACAUUUACAGCUUGACAUGUAAUAAAACAAAAUAAAGCCAAAGUCUG